AUGUGGUGGACAGAUUUGAACUGGUUGGCCAUAUUUAUAUCACCACAGAAAAUGGCCGACACAGCAGGACUGAACUACGAAGGCGGAGACCCGACAUGGCAGCAAAAGAAUUUGGCCGCCUACAAAGACAGUGAAAUGCGACUUUAUACAAUUCUGGAAAAUAUAUGCCACAAUAAGCCCAAUUCGAACACCCUCCAAGCUGACCAAUGCAAUUCCUUCCUCGGAGAUGUGGAAGAUGACUUGGUGGAGUGGUGGUCUACUGGAAGAGGAAAAAAGGGACUGUUUCAGACACUCUGUGUGGAUAUGUACAGUCUCUGCUGCCCCUUUGGUCACUAUGGUCCUCACUGUCAUCCCUGUCCUGCCGAUUUGGGACCCCACUGUUCCUGCAAUGUAGAGACUGGUCUCAUUACUAGGGGAAUGGGACGCGGAGUGGGACAGGAGUGUGUGACUGUUGGGAGGGCUAUGUGGGCCAGGACUGUGAGGAAUGCUCGAUUGGCUACUUCCGGGAGGUGUUCUCCUCCUUGCGACCAGUGCAGUGGGGGUGAGUAUUGUGACUUGUGUGGUGAAGGAUAUGUGUUGAAUGAGGAAAGGAAGUGUGUGGAUAUUGAUGAGUGUAAUGAGAGGCCGUGUGGGAGGCAGGGAAUAUGUAUUAAUAUUCCUGGGAGUUAUCAUUGCUCGUGUGGGGAUGGUCUUCCUCCCACUGAGGGGCCGUGCUAUCCUGAUUCUGACUUGUGAGUCUUA